GCCACCCAGAGGCAAAGACGCAGAAGCGCUGAAGGUGCUGGGUUGGGCAGUGGGCUUGCUGGAGCAUCUCCAGCACUCAUCGUAGUCCUCCAUCUGCAUCUAUAUCUCACUAUCUUUCUGUCGGAUGCUGAGUGUCCAUCAGGCAGCUGCACGUGGUGCGGCCUCUGGAUUUGGUGUAAGGGCAGCUCUUACGAGUAAUUCUCAUGACGACUUUUGAAGGACGCCUGGAAUUCUCAUGAUGCACUAAGGGUCAAAGCAGAUAUGAGUCUGACUUCCUGGUUUUUGGUGAACAGUGGGGGGACACGCCAUCGUCUUCCCCGGGAGAUGAUUUUCGUGGGGAGGGAUGACUGUGAGCUCAUGUUGCAGUCUCGCAGUGUGGAUAAACAGCAUGCUGUCAUCAACUAUGAGCCAAACACAGAUGAACAUAAAGUGAAGGACUUGGGCAGCUUAAAUGGGACUUUUGUCAAUGACGUCAGAAUACAGGAGCAAGUGUACGUCACACUGAAAACCGAUGACAAACUGAGGUUUGGAUACGAUACCAACCUGUUCACCGUGGUUCGAGGAGAGCUGCAUAUUCCUGAGGAAGCACUCAAGCAUGAAAAACUGAGCAGCCAGCUCCAGAUGAUCCAGAAGAGACCUGCAGAGUCAGAUUCAUCUAGAUGUGGGGUGAAACCUACAGAGGCAGCAGUGGUAUCAGGUUCGGAUGCGGCCACGGCCAAACCAGCAGAGUCCAGCAGGUCAGAGGAUAGGACAGUAGCAGACACAGCGGUUUUACACAGGGGCACACCCCUAUACGGGCAGCCUGCUUGGUGGGGAGAUGGAGACGCUGAUGAUCAGCAUCCUGGAAAACAUGAGGAAAAAACCUCUGACAGGAAGAAGGAAAAGGCAGAAAUAGACACCAAGAAAAUCACAGAGAUCUCAAAGUCUUCCCCUCAAACAGCCUUCAAUCAAGAGCCUAGUUACUUUGAAAUUCCAACUAAAGAUGCUCCCACAGCAGCUAAAACAAGUGGUGAAGUUCCCCCACAAGAACAAGAGACCAGUGCUUCUGCUGCUGCUGUGGAACCCAUCCACGGCCAUGCCUCAUUCACCAUCGAGUUCGACCCUGGGGCAUCAGGCAAAGUGACAGUGAAGGAUCGAGUAGCAAAAGUGGGACCAGAGACCCGACCUCGCCCAAAAAGGCCUGUUGGGGAAGAGUUAAGUCCACUUCAGACAGCCAUGCUGGCAGCGGAGGUAAAGGUUGCAGAUUGGCUGGCUCAAAAUGAGCUGCCGUUGGCCCUGAAAGAGACAGUGGCAGAGGAUGAUGGAGAGAGUGUGAAGAGCGAUGUUCCUGUACAUCUUAGGAGUCUUAAAGGCAGUAAACAUGAAGAUGGCACUCAGAGCGAUUCAGAGAAUGCUCUUGGAGAGCAGCGCAGGGCUGCUGCACUGGAGGAGCGCUCGUGGGGGCUCUGGGGCAGUGCUGGCAUCAAAGAAAGCCGCGCAAAUGUACCAGAAGGGCUGUUUGCAGAAGAGGACAGUCCUGCACGGCGUUGCAGGUCUUCAACGUCCAAAAGGCAGAGCGGGUUGGUGGAGAGGCGACGUGGCUCAGCACCACACCAGCAGAGUGGUCGUGAUGAGUGUUAUCACCACAGAGAUGAAUAUAGCGACAAAGGGACUUACACCAUCGAACUGGAGAACGGGGACCCUGAAGAGGAAGACGCUAGGAAACUGAUUGACAAGGUGUUUGGUGUGAAUGGCCAGCGAGUUUCUAGGUUGGGGGGAAUUGAUCAAAGAGAGAGGUUGUCUUCCCAGAGGUCUGGUUCGAGAGACAGAGAAAAGCCAGGACGUUUGGAGACAGAGCUCUUGUCUGAAGAGUUAAUGGUCGGUGGUCCUCGCUGGGUCUCACAGUGGGCUACUCUCGCUGCCAGCCACAUUCGGACAGACCCUGAGGGAUCAGGAGGGGACAAUCACACCAUGGCCACAGAGGACAGAGCAGAAAGAAGUGAAUCCAGCCAUAUAGCCUCUGUGCAUGCAGAGCGUAAGCGGAGAACCCUACCCCAGCUACCUGGUGACGAACUUAUUCUGGGAAGGAAGACCCCAGGGGGAUGUGUGCACACAGAUAUGGGUGAAAAGCAGGAUACAGAGCUUCAGGAGAAAGAGAACCAAGAGGAAAGGCUGUCCAGAGGAAGGAAACAGAAUGCUCAAGGCACUGGUGGUGUGGGCAGUCAGAGCGGCAGCCCCAGUCGAUCCUCUCCUGCCAAAUCACAGGACAGUGGGGGUGGUAAAUCAAGUCAGUCAGGUGUCCUGACCAAACUCCCUCCACGUCCACUACCCAGUGGACAGAAGAGAGUGGAGGAUGCAAGGAGGAGAAGGAAGGAGGAGGAGAAAGCUAGGGAGAGCACUGGAAAACCAUUGCUGCGGCAAGAGAGUUUUACUGUGGAGAAACCAAGCUCCAGUGUACCCAUAGAACUUAUCCCACAUAUUGAUGCCUACACAGGCACCAAAACUCAGAGGGAAGGAGGCAUAGACAGUGUCACACUGCAGAGAGACUCAGAGGCUGUGGCAGCUUUUCUAGAGAGCACUGUGUCAGACCAAGGAGAUCCCCCAAGUCAGUCUAUUGAAGGUUCCAUGUCUCCGGAGUCAGAUGUGGACACAACAAGCACAGUUAGCCAAGCUGAUGGCGUUAGAAAAGUAGUUCAGAAACGCCGGAUCCUAGCAGGGCACCAGAAGGAGAGAACAGUGGUGUGCACCUCUAACAAGGGCCCUGCUGGGAGCAGAGAGCAUCAGGACAGGAGGGUGAAGAACAGAACAUCUGGCUCUCAACAGCCAAGUCACCCCUCGACUUCUCUGGACCUCACUGAUGAUGAUAUCAACUCCAACUCCCUACUUUCUGACUCACAACCUAUCUCCACACAAGAAUCCAGGUGCUCAAACCCUAGAGCUCAAACAGUUGGGGCCAGUACCAAGUCUAGCCGGGCUAAGAUCACACAGACCUCGGCUCCCUCUGCCCCAAGCAAAGUCAGUAAUGCCCCCAAGCCAAGACCAACUCGGACAUCCCUGUUGAGGCGAGCCCGGCUGGGGGAUUCAUCAGAUACCGAACCUGCUGAUAUGGACCGGAUGUCAGUGGCUUCUGAGGCGUCCACUGCCAGUUCCACAUCCAGGACAGGGAUUGCAAGGCGGGGAAUGUCUAGAAUAGAGGCUCUAGCACAGCCAAGGAGACCAAGGGUGGGGUCUCCGUCUGCCCAGAGCGACUCAGAGGCCACCGUGGUGAAAAACAGAGGUCUGGGCCCUCGAAGUGCAGCCGGUGAUUAUGUACUCAGACAAGGAUUGAGAGGUUCAAAUGUAGCUUCACUGUCCGGACCCAGAGCCAGAGCUAAUAGUGCUUCCAAGCUGCCUGAUAAAACUAAAGGAACUUCAUCAUAUGGAAAUAUUAUCCCUGUAUCUGGAACUCGGUGGCGCCGUGUUCCUGUGGAGUAUGCAUCCACCUCUGAGGAUGAGUACGGCUCAAAUCGCCACAUAUCCAAGCAGGGGCAUACGAAGCCGUUUCCUUCAACCCGAGUGGUCCAGUUAGGAGGCUCAGCUCCAGCAACACCUAACCCUGCAGCCCUGGCCGGCUUGAAGCAGAAUUCCAAGGACCAAGAUGAGUAUAUGAGAGACUGGACAGCACACAGUGAAGAAAUAGCCAGGAUCAGCCAGGAUUUAGCCAAAGAUUUAGCCAUGCUGGCCCAGGAGAUUCAUGAUGUGGCUGGAGAGAUUGACUCAGUCAGCCCUGCAGCAACUGGCCCUGGAGUUCUGUUGGAGGAGUCAGCAUUUGAUGAUGGUUUGGAUCUGGGUGGUCCCUCUGCAGAGCAGAGCAGGAUUCUGGGAGCUGACGGUCGAACUGUGGAGCUUCGACAACGAAGCUCAAACGACCAGAGCUCUCGCUCCAUCCGUCGACAGACAUGGAAUAGAGAUGAUCUGUACCUUGACAAUGUGCUGCUUGCUUCUGUGACUCAACUCUCGACCAGAAUACGGCAAUCUGUGGACAAAACUACCUGCAAAGUCAGGAUCCUCUUCAAGGAUAAGGAACGAAAAUGGGAUGAGAUUGAGACCAAACUGCAGGCAGAGCAUGACUCUUUAGUUCUCAAGAGCUCCAACAAGGAGAUUUCAACAAUUAUUCAAGACUUGAAGAGGGUGGAGAAUCAACUUUCAGUUAUCGAUAUGAUGGUGGACCCAGAUGGCACUCUGGACGCCCUUUCCAGCAUGGGUUUGACAAGUCCUUUAAGUGACCAGAAGACCAGUCAUGGGACUCAGCAGGGGGCGCCGGUAUUGCAUUCCGGAGCAGAGACAAAGACAUCCAGCACACUGUCAGCACCCAGGCAUGAAGAAUUUUCUGGCAAGCCCUGUGGAUCCUCAGAGCGUACAGAAGAAACAAAGCAAGUCCCUCAUAAGGGUGUUACAUCCUACAACUAUCAAAGAAAAUAAAAUCCAAUGAUUCCUUUAUAUAAGACCUGACAGGACAGCCUUGGAAAGGACGUUGGUAUGGGGUUAGGUAUUUUUGUGACUCUUUUCUCACUGAAGAUAUAGCGAGGUGAGUGAAGCUUUUAUCAAGGUGAAGUUUGUUGACUGUGUUGUGAAAUGUAUCAUUUUGGGUCUUCAGACUGUCAAAGGAAAUGUAGUUAAGAAGAAAAGUAUUUACAAUGAGCCAUCUGUUUUUGUGUUGCAGCUCCUUUUCAUCCAAUAUCCUUCAAGAAUUUGUUAGGAAAAAAACUGAUGCAGUGUUGAAACUAAGCUUGUCUGGGUUUUUAAUAAUAUGAAACUGACCUCUAAUUCCUGUUACAGACACAGCAGUCUCAUAAUAGUGAAGCAGACACAGAAUCCUACUUUAAAGAGCAUAUAUCAUCCUUUUUACAACCUUUUACAACUUUUCUGAAUACUUGCUUAUGGCUGUUCAUAGUUAAACAGAUAUUAAUGACCAAAAUCAAGAAAUACAAUAUAGAAAUGUGUGACAGAAAAAAUCUGAGUAUAGCUGAAAGUUGUUGAAGAGAGAUGAUGUUACACUUGUCAAACUUGAGAAUCAGUGUCGCAAUGUCCACCCACAACAAAAUUUGUGAUCCUACUAUCUCCAGCUGAAAUUUAAGUUCAUAAAGUGAAAAUACGAUAUGGAGAUUUAAGGACUGAUAAAUUUUGUCUAAUAGUAGUAGCUUGGAGACCUAGCAAACCAGCAGCCUGCAGAGGGAAUAAAAGUAGUGUGUUGCAAGUCUAAUCUUUCUGUAAUUCACCACAGUGGCAAAAGACCAGUUGCGUCAAAGAACGGUAAUUUGAAAUGCUAAAAUUGUAGCAGCAUUCAUAUAGAUAUUUUAAUUGUUUCCAGUUUUGAACAGCGUUGUUACUCUAACCUACACAGGCACCAGCUCUCCCUUUCUUUAAAACUACUGCUUUACCAGAACAAACUACUGUACUUUAUAUUAGUGUGCAAGACUCCGUUUUCUAUCAACUUAAUCAAGCUAUGUUUAGUCAUGUGGGUUUAACUACACCACAGUAAUGUAGCUGUCAAAACAUUAUUAGGACGCUCAAACACAGUCACACCACUCAAUCUCCAUUAGUCCCUCUGCACUAAAAGGUCCGCUGAAACUAAUGCUACGCAUGAGGUGAAUGGAAGGAAAUUUAAAAUACUUAUAAGUAAUGAGACUCCA